AUCUAGCUGAAGGCGCUCGGUCAGGCAUCUGCACCAGAUCACGUGUGGUAACGCCGUGCUCAACAUCAACCGCAAUCGCUAGCCAGAUUAGAUCAGAGAAUUCCGAUAUAUUGGUCAUCGCCAAAUAUACUCUUCCGAUCUCCUCGACUCUGUCUUUUGAUUUCUCUUGGUGGGAACGAAAUAUAUUAGAAGGUGUUACUGGUAGAAGCGUUGUCAAACACUGAAUACCUGUGACAUCAUCAUUGGUGAACCCAACGUGAUCUGGUACACCUAAUUGCAACUGUGAGUCUGUUCUUUUUUGGGAUUUUUAUAUAUCAUUGCCUUAUUUUUUACUUUUUUUAAACAUUGUGAUUUUUUUUUCGUGUUUUUUCUUGGAUAUAUAUAUAUUUUCCCCUCGUUCAUUAUCGUACUUCAUACUUCAUCAUGACUGAACAGACACCUAAAGUACUCAAGCUUAAGACUUUGUCCCCACCUUCGUUUCAACUGAUGCCUUUCUGGCCCGACAACAUCGAAGCCUGGUUUUGCUACGCAGAAGCCGACUUCUCCGAGCACGGCGUGAUCGACACACGUGCACAAUUCCUCGCAGUAGUCAAGGCACUACCGCGCGAAUUCAACAGGUACGUAACACCUAGUAUGUUUACUAGCGAUGUUUCCGAUCCUUACGAAAUCUUAAAACGCUCGAUUCUUAAACGAGGAGAUCUAACCGAUCGACAAAGGUUAGAUCAACUCUUCAAUAACAUCGACCUGCAACACGGUUCUGCGACAGACAUGUUGCAACGGAUGAGAGAGGUUAUAGGCCUAAGAACUUUCGACGAAGGUCUAUUCAAACAACUCUUCUUGUCAAAACUUCCCCAACAGGUGCAAGCAGUUCUGGUCUCGUUCCAGAACAACGGCUUAGACGAGCUAGCUGCAUCUGCCGACCGCAUUCUAGAAAUCACAAAAUCUUCUAAUACCGAGGUAUUUUCAGUCAAAGAAAGGCCUCACACGACUCAGAAUGAUAUAACCGACUUAUGUCACACACUCACGCGUUAUCUUAGUCUUCGUACCGACCGUAAGAGAUCGCGCACACCACGUAGAAGCAUUUCUCGUAAGCGAUCUGUCUCUAGACCACGAGAGACAGAUAACCCCGACUGGUGCUGGUAUCAUAACCAGUAUGGAAAGCUUUCCAGAAAUUGCAGAAAACCCUGCAAUUUUCCCAACACGAAACCGACUGAUUCGAAAAACAAUUCGGGAAACUUCCAAGCCGGCACGCGUUAACGGCAACCGUAGCCGGCGAACAAAGCCGUCUGUUAUUCGUCACAGAUGUGACAACGAGAGUUCGCUACCUCGUCGACACUGGCGCAGAAGUUAGCGUUCUCCCAGCAAAUCCUAACGACCGACUACACGAAUCGACCCUAAACUUACAGGCGGCAAACGGAAAACCGAUCGCUACAUAUGGUAAAAGGUACGUUUACCUUAACGUGGGUUUACGCAAACCCAUACACUGGAUUUUCGUUGUUGCAGAUGUUUCUAUGCCAAUCAUUGGUAUGGACCUUCUACAACACCACAAUCUGAUCAUCGAUACGCGCAAACGGAGGCUAGUAGACGGGAACACUAAUUUGUCCGUUUGCGCAACUUCUUUUACUGGUUGUAGAGUAUCCCCAGUCACAGUUAAACAUAUGAUAGACCCACUCUAUCAACCACUACUCGAUAAGUACCCUGGGAUACAACAAACUCAACCGAAACUACCGUGUGUAACCAGCAACGUUACACAUCACAUCACGACUACAGGACCACCUGUAUUCUCUAAAG